AGAUCCCGUUUGACUGCUUCACACAAACCAAGCAGAUAUUGCAUCACCUGCUUUAAGAAAUGUGUUUUCCUUUUCUUGGAAUUUUAAACAAAUGGAAUCAACUCUAUAUAAAACAAACCUAUGGUAUGUCCUUACUGUUUAGAAAGUUAAGUUAAUGUGUUUGUGUCUGGGUGAAACAUGACUAACCACUGAAAGUAUUUCAGUGUGCAACUUCCCCAUAACAGAAUGACGCGGUCGGCUUCAGCCAGAGAGUCGAGCUUCUGUGAAGUAUCGGCUCGGGUCAAGGACGUUUUUGUUUGCUUUUAUUAUUCUUAUGGAGGUUAUGAGGUCCUGUCGUAAAUACAUCGCGCCUCUGGUGUUCUGUGCCCAGGUGGCCAGCUCGUUUUUUGACACCGCUCUCCAAAUGAUCGUUAAAGAACGAUGCGCAAACGCCACCGACCAGGACAGCGAGCAGAAAGCCAUCACCAACUUCAACAUGACCUUCAACAUGGUGCUCAAAUUCAUGCCAAUUUUGCCAGCGAUCCUUUUGGCAAAGGUUGGAGACAAAGGUUACAGGAAAGUGCCAAUAGUGGUUCCUCUGGUUGGAUAUUUCCUGUCCAGAGGUUUGCUCUUGUUGGAUAUCGUGCUGGAAUGGCCUCUCCAGGUGCUGUACGCGGUGCCGGUGAUCCAUGGACUGUGCGGCGGGUUCGCGUCUUACUGGGCGGGUGUGAUGGCGCUGGUGUCGGUGUGCUCCGGUGAGGAAGAGCGGUCCGUGCGCAUCAUGAGAACCGAGCUGGUGUACGGAAUCGCCGGGUUCGUUGGUAGUUUGGCUUCUGGUCACUUAUUUGACCUCUAUACCGUAGGUCUCCAACAAGGAGCCAUUUUAUCUAGCUUGUGUGUGCUACUGUAUUUCCUCUGCCUGCUCUAUGCCGCAUUUUUCCUGCGGGUCGAUCUUUUCUCAGUGCUUGGAGAGAGGCAGGAGCGACGGGAAAGUUUUGGGAUCAUAAACCACGAAGCCCGUGAUAAAAUAAACAUCGCUUUGCUCUUCGUCAGUGGGAUUUUGUAUGAUAUAGCAGUGGCUGGAGGAAUGGAGAUGCUGGCAGCUUAUGUGCUCAAAGACCCCCUCAACUGGGGCGCAACCGAGGUGGGUUAUGGAAACGCGGCGGGAUCGCUUCUCUUCAUCACCAGUUUUGUGGGUGUGAAGAUGUUCACAAGAUGUUCAGUUAGAGAUGAGAGCAUGGUCAUGAUCGGGAUGGUGUCUUUCGCAGCUGGGAUCUAUUUCAUGGCAUUUGUGACCACAACUCCAAUGUACUUUUUAGCUCGCUCUAUCACUCUGUUUGCUCUGAUUCCAAUGCCCACCAUUCGCUCGCUGCUGUCCAAACAGGUCAGGGGAACCUCAUAUGGCAUUACGUUUGUCAUGCUCCAGUUGUCCUUCAAACUUUCAAGCUUGGUCACCACACCCGUCUACACUGAGAUCUAUCAGGCCACACUUGACACCUUCCCAGGCUUUGUCUUCAUACUGUCCAGCAUCUUCACUGUUCUUUCUAUGAUACCCAUUAGUAUUGUAGGAUGUCGCUCUGCGAGACAUGAUGGAUAUGAGAGAAUUCAAGGGAACUGACUGACAGCAUCAGCCACACCAAAGCAGACAAAGUAUCAGAAAUUGACAAGUUUGUAGGUUUACACUGAUGUUAUGCACAAUAGAGGAUAUUCUACUACUACUUCCUGUUGCACUGUGGUUACGUGUUAUUAGUAAUGCAAUCUGUGUAUCUUAUUCGCCAAGGGUUUUUUUUUUUUUUUUUUUUUAACAUCUAUGUAUAAAAUGCUGACAGAUUUUAGUUUUUAGGUAUUUUGGUAACAAUUUACAAUAAAUUUUCUUUCGUGGUUAACAUUGACUGCAUUAGUAAACAUAAAUGCACUUUGGAAAAUUCUUCGAAAGUAUAUUAAUCUUAAUGUUCAUUUCAACAUUAACUAGUAUAUUAUUGAAAUCAGAAGUUGUAUCUAUUAUACUAUUUAAUGAACCUGAACUGACAAAGAACAGUAGUAUUUUUAUUAACCAGCCUCAUCAAAGAUUAUUAAAUACUUUCACAUAAGUAUUACUCAUUCUUAGUUAACAAAUUAACUAAUGGAUCCCAAAGUAUUACUGAUAUUUCUGUAUGCACUGUCUGUUUGAAAUGGAUGACAUCUUUUAUCAGAUUUUUAUUGUACAGAUUUUGCAAUAAAUUAAGUUAUUUGUA